CGCGCCAUAUUGCCGCGCGUGCGCGAAGCGCUGCGGACAAACUUGACGUUUGCCAGCCCAGUUACACCGAGAAUUCUGGCGAAACUGUAAAUAACAUUGUAAAUAUUCCGAAUUCGAAAUCCAAAAAUUGUUUUGUUUCUUCUAAAACGGAAUGCUCGCGAGUGCAUAGACUAAAAAAGUUUCUCUACAUGCAGGCUGAAUAGCAGAGCGUAAAGCAAGAUGAUCGACCCAAGCUCUUCCGAAGACGACAGUGAUGAUGAACACAAGAAGCAACCCAACAAAUUACCAGUGGUACCACCAGGCAGCUUGGCAGGAGGCAGACCAUCCGUCAGAGGAAAGCCAGAACUCCCACGAGGUUCCACUGUGGGCCUUCCAGGUCCGAGUCCUCUAACAACGGCGCCUCUAGCUGCCCCACUCCACCCUGCAACCAGGCAAAGGGAACAAGCGGCUUUGGCACCACCUCCUCAUGCAUCCUUCUUGCGCAGGACAUCAACGGGCAGUGCGAGCUCGGGAGAGGCACCAGCUCCGUCCCCCAGCCCCUCAGGUGCCAGUCACUCUGAUAAGGACCAAGACCCGCAGGAGAAGAUGGAAAAGCUAGAAGAGGACAAAAAGCGUCGGUUGCAGCUCUAUGUCUUUGUGUCGAGAUGUGUCGCGCACCCGUUCAACGCAAAACAACCCACGGACAUGACGAGAAGGCAUACCAAGCUCACACCGCAUCAGCUGGAGACCAUACAAGCGAGGUUCCAAGCGUUCCUCAAAGGCGAGACCCAAAUCCUGGCAGACGAGGCCUUCCAGAACGCAGUCCAGUCGUACCACGAUGUGUUCCUGAAGUCUGAGCGGGUGGAGCAGAUGGUAAAGUCAGGGGCCUGCUCCCACCACGACUUCCGGGAGGUCUUCAGGAACAACAUCGAGAAGAGAGUCAGGUCUUUGCCAGAAAUUGACGGAUUAAGUAAAGAAACAGUGCUAACGUCGUGGCUGGCUAAGUUUGAUUGUAUAAUGAAGGGUACAGGAAUAACAGGCAUUCCCGGAGACGACGAGUCCAAAAGACCAUCGAGGGCUCAACAGCAGAGCUUAAACGCGGAGUGCAUCCUCAGCAAGGAACAGCUCUACGAUAUGUUUCAACAGAUCCUGGGGGUGAAGAAGUUUGAACAUCAGUUGCUGUUUAACGCGUUACUUCUCGAUUCAGCAGAUGAACAGGCUGCAGCCAUCAGAAGAGAACUUGAUGGAAGAAUGCAGAAAGUGAACGAAAUGGAAAAGAAUCGAAAAUUGAUGCCGAAGUUUGUCUUGAAAGAAAUGGAAUCGCUCUACGUGGAAGAGUUGAAGUCAUCAAUCAACCUGCUUAUGGCCAAUUUGGAGUCACUGCCUGUGUCCAAGGGCGGUGCCGACUCCAAAUACGGCCUUCACAAAAUCAAGCGGUAUAAUCACAGAUCGAAUGCCGGACCCGACCCGAGCCCAAGGCUGAGUAAGCAGCUGUGUUUCAGAUCUCAGGGGUCUCUGGCCAACAAGCUGACCGGCGAAGCUGAUGGUGGUGAUGUGGAUACACAGCUCACGAAAAUGGACGUCGUUCUGACGUUCCAAAUUGAGGUGGUUGUGAUGGAAGUAAAAGGUCUAAAAUCAUUAGCUCCUAAUCGAAUAGUUUAUUGUACAAUGGAAGUGGAAGGGGGAGACAAAUUGCAGACUGACCAAGCAGAGGCCUCCAAACCCAUGUGGGAUACCCAAGGAGACUUUAGUACAACACAACCCCUCCCUGCCGUUAAAGUUAAAUUGUACACAGAAAAUCCUGGAGUGUUAGCUUUGGAAGACAAGGAACUAGGGAAAGUAGUGCUCAGACCAACACCAUUAUCUAGUAAGGUACCGGAAUGGCAUAGAAUGACAGUUCCAAAGAACUUGCCAGAUCAGGAUCUAAGGAUCAAAAUUGCGUGUCGAAUGGACAAACCAUUGAACAUGAAGCAUUGUGGCUACCUCCACGUCAUCGGCAAAAACGUCUGGCGCAAAUGGAAGCGCAGAUACAUGGUGCUCGUCCAAGUGAGCCAGUACACUUUCGCGUUAUGCUCGUACAAGGACAAGAAGUCCGAGCCUGCUGAGAUGAUGCAACUGGAUGGGUUCACUGUGGACUAUAUCGAACUGGCCAGUGCACAGCUGAUCGUAGGACAAGGUAAGAGCAAACAAAUAGAGCUGGAAGGUGCGAAAUACUUCAUGAAUGCAGUCAGAGAUGGAGAAUCAGUACUGAUGGGUGUGACUGAUGAGAAUGAAUGCCAUCUGUGGGUAAUGGCCUUGUACAGAGCUACAGGACAGAGUCAUAAACCGACACCGCCUACGACGUCUGAUACACAUCACAAAAUUAUGGGAGACGCAGAUAAAGCUCGGAAACAUGGCAUGGAGGAUUAUAUUCAAGCAGAUCCGUGUCAAUUUGACCACCAUCAGUUGUUUUCGAUGCUACAGUCUCAAACAUUGAAGUACCGACUUGUGGAUCCCUAUUGUUCAUUGGGAUGGUUCUCCCCUGGUCAAGUAUUUGUACUAGACGAGUACUGUGCUAGAUACGGAGUAAGAGGUUGCUACCGGCAUCUCUGUUACCUCUCAGACCUUCUGGAUGUAGCGGAAAGUGGCCAGCAGACUGUGGACCCGACAUUGAUGCAUUAUUCCUUUGCCUUCUGCGCCAGCCACGUCCAUGGAAACAGAGUAAGCCCCACGGUCGAAGUGGUUCACAGUACUGCCACGUUGCCUGGCAGGCCUGACGGCGUGGGAAGCAUCACGGUCCAAGAGAAAGAGAAGUUCGCGGAGAUCAAGGAACGUUUGAAGGCAUUGCUGCAGCAUCAGAUCACGAACUUUAGAUAUGCUUUCCCAUUCGGGAGGCCGGAAGGCGCUUUGAAGUCAACACUUUCGCUCCUUGAGCGUGUUCUGAUGAAAGAUGUGGUUACUCCAGUAGCUCCUGAAGAAGUGAGAGCGAUGAUACAGACCAGUCUCGAAAAUGCAGCCUUGUUAAAUUACUCACAGCUUAGUCAGAAAGCUAAUAUUGAAGAGGAUUUGAGAGGAGAAACAAUGGUAACACCAGCGAAAAAGCUAGAGGAUCUAAUACAUUUGGCUGAACUUUGCGUAGAUCUUUUGCAACAGAAUGAAGAGCAUUACGCAGAGGUGUAUAACACAAAAACGGAACCAAGACCGGAAGGUCAAGAAAAUGCGUUCGCGUGGUUCUCAGAGCUGUUGGUAGAGCAUGCCGAGAUCUUCUGGGCGCUGUUCGGAGUAGAUAUGGACCGGGUGCUAGCAGAACAGCCGCCUGACACCUGGGACUCUUUCCCGCUGUUCCAGAUCUUGAACGACUAUCUCAGGACUGAUGAAAACUUGAAAGGUGGUCGGUUCCAUGAGCACUUGCGAGACACUUUCGCUCCCUUGGUUGUCCGAUAUGUGGACCUCAUGGAGUCAUCCAUAGCUCAGUCACUUCACAAAGGCUUCGAGAAAGAACGAUGGGAGAUCAAAGGAAAUGGGUGUGCAACCAGUGAAGAGUUGUUCUGGAAGUUAGAUGCAUUGCAGUGCUUCAUCCGAGACCUGCACUGGCCAGAACCAGAGUUUAGGUCGCAUUUGGAGCAAAGGCUGAAGCUGAUGGCCAGUGACAUGAUGGAGACGUGCAUCCAGAGGACAGAAGCAUCCUUCCAGUCCUGGCUAAAGAAGAGCAUCACCUUCAUGUCAACGGAUUACAUUCUUCCCGCGGAGACUUGUGCGAUGGUCAAUGUAGCUCUGGACGCGAAGAACCAAGCCCUCAAGCUGUGCGCCGUUGAAGGGGUGGAUAUAUAUCAGUAUCAUACCAAAAUGGAUGCACAGAUCGAGUCGUGUCUGCAAGCGAUGGCUACAGGCAUGACCACCAGGCUCUCUGCAGUGCUUGAGGCUACGUUGGCUAAAAUUGCGAGGUUCGAUGAGGGAAGCCUUAUCGGAUCUAUUCUCACGAUAGCCAACGUAUCCGGCUCCGGCAAGGACAUCGGCCAGGGUUACGUUAACUUUAUGAGGAACUCUAUGGACCAAAUUAGAUCGAAGGUGACAGACGAGCUCUGGAUCCUGCAGCUGUUCGAGCACUGGUACGGCGUGCAGGUGCAGCUGAUCCACAACUGGCUGAUAGAGCGACCGGCGCUGCAUCCGCAGCAGGUGGCCUGUCUCUCCAUCACGUUGAAGAAAAUGUACAGCGACUUCGAGCUGCAAGGCGUGAUCGAUGACAAGCUGAACUCGAAGGUCUACCAGGGUGUGGCUGCGCGCAUGCAUACGGAAGAGGCCACGUGCAGCUUGCUGCUGGCUCAACAGGACGCUGGGUAUGGAAUAUUCGAGAUAAUCCGCAUAUUGUUUUAA